UGGCGUGAACAACAUUCAAAAUUUCAGUAUUUUUAUCAUUCAAUAAUAAAUUUUCGAUUCACUAAAUGAUUAGAAUAAUGAGAAACAAUAAUAAAAACUAUGGCAAAUCAACUCUAUUUUGACAGACCAAUGCGAACUUCUAAAUUACAUUUAACAGAAAUUAAAAAAAUCAAGCAUAAUGAUAUCAAUAGUGUUUUCAAUCAUCCAGAUGUGUAUUUUGUGUCUGAAUAUAUAAAAGAUAAAUUAUUUUUUGCAGUUUUACAUGAAGGAAAAUAUGAACCUCAGAAAACUCCUGAUAUUGAUUUCUUUAGCAUUGAUAAUGAAUUAAUUUAUGCCAAUUUUUAUGAUGAUUUUGGUCCCUUGAAUCUUGGCUGUCUUUACAAAUAUUGUUGGAAAGUAAAUAAAAAAUUAAAACAUCCUAGUAAUCGUCGUAAGCAAAUUGUUCAUUACACCAUAAAAGAAGAAGAAAAAAAAGCUAAUGCUGCUUAUCUUAUAGCUUCUUAUGCUCUUUUAUAUUUAAAUAAAAAUCCCAAAGAUGCAUAUAAGCCAUUAGUCGAAGGAAAUUUACCUCUUAAACCAUUUAGAGAUGCUACCAUUGGAAAUUCAAACUAUAAUAUUCGAUUACAAGAUUGUCUAAAUGCUUUAUUGAAAGCUGCAACUUUUCGUUUCUUUGAUUUCGACGAUUUUAACUUAUCAGAAUAUGAAAAAUACGAGAGAUUAGAAAAUGGAGAUUUGAAUUGGAUCGUCCCACAAAAAUUUAUAGCCUUCAUUGGUCCAGUACGGAAUCUAUUUAUCACUCACCCUGAACAUUAUUUUGAAUAUUUUUUGAAGAAUAAUAUUGCAGUUGUCAUUCGAUUAAAUAGAGAAUCUUAUGAUGCCUCCAAAUUUACUAAAUUAGGAAUCCAUCAUUAUGAUAUGUUUAUACCAGAUGGUAGCAUACCAUCUAGAAAAAUUUUAAAUCAAUUUCUUCAUAUUUCGGAGACAACCAAUGGAGCAAUAGCUGUUCAUUGUAGAGCGGGAUUAGGAAGAACAGGAUCAUUAAUUUGUGCUUACUUGAUUAAACAUUAUAAAAUGACAGCAAGGGAAGCUAUAGCUUGGGCACGAAUUUGUCGACCAGGUUCUGUUAUUGGUCAUCAACAAGCAUGGCUAGAAAAUAUGCAAAAAGAGCUAUGGCAUGCAGGACAACAAUACAGGUUGAAACAUUACGGGGAUGUUAAUUUAAUUGUACCGCACAAACGUGGCAUAUACUCAAUAAUACAAAAAAUAGAAAGUAAAAGUAGUGGUAAUUAUUUAAAACAUAAAGCAGAUAAUAAUGCAGUUGAUAAUGACAAAGGAGAAAAUGCAACGUCAAGUAAAUAUAAUGCAUUUAAACUUCAUGGGGAAAAAAUCAAUGAUUCUGAACCGAAAGAUUCAACAAAAUGAAAAAAACGUAAAUUAGAUGUUCAUCAAUCCAUGGAUUCAUCAGAUUUUUCUCAAGGUGAUCAUUUAAACGAAAUUAAAAUUAAACGAAAUAAAGCAAUGAAGCGAGGCAUAGAGAAAAAUUGAUUUUCUUUGAAGAAAUAGAACAUUUUUGAUAUAAAAAUGUAUUAUUUAUUUGAAAAA